AUGGAAUAUGGUGUUUACAUGCAACACUAUGAUAGCAAUAUGAAUUUGGUGUGUCUAUUUGUUGAUGACAUAUUGGUAACAGGAAGCUGUACAGAAGUUCUGAUGAAGUUCAAAGAAGUUCUGAUGAAUGAGUUUGAGAUGACAGAUCUAGGAAAUAUGGUAUAUUUUCUAGGGAUGGAGAUUUUGUACUCAAACAAGGGUAUCAUUCUACAUCAGCUGAAGUAUGAACUUGAACUUCUGAAGAGAUUUAAGCUGCAGAAUUGUAAAACUGUUGUAACACCAUUAGAAACCAAUCAUAAAUUGGAUUCUGACUCUGAUGGUGAUUUUGUGGAUGUUACAACCUUCAAACAGUUGGUUGGUUCUCUAAGGUAUUUGUGUAAUACCAGACCUGAUAUUUGUUAUGUAGUUGGGAUGGUCAGCAGAUUCAUGAGUAAACCAAAGUGGUCCCAUUACCAAGCUGCUAUCAGGAUUAUGAGGUAUAUUAAGGGAACGCUGAAUUAUGGACUGUUAUUUCCUUCGGGAAGAAAAGCAGAAUCAGAGUUGAUGAGCUACUCUAAUUCAGACUGGUGUGGAGAUAUAGUUGACAGAAGAAGUACUUCUGGAUACUUGUUUAAGUUUCAGGGAGGUCCUAUUUCUUGGAGUUCCAAGAAGCAGCCUGUUGUUGCUCUGUCAAAAUGUGAAGCUGAGUACAUUGCAAGCGCUGUAGUUGCAUGUCAAGCUGUUUGGCUUCUCAACCUAUUAGAAGAUCUGAAGGUUAAGAUAAAUAAACCUCUGAAGUUGAUGAUUGAUAACAAGUCUGCAAUCAAUCUUGCCAUGCAUGGAAGAAGCGAGCAUAUUGAGACGAAGUAUCAUUUUCUCAAAAGUCAAGUACAACAAGGAGUGUUAGAAGUUCUGCACUGCAGCACCCAGAAGCAGUUGACAGAUGUUCUGACGAAGGCAAUCAAGACAAACCAAUUUCUUCCCUUGAGGAGUGAAAUUGGUGUUGUUGACUUCUGA